AUGACUGAUGAGGUCUUCUCUUUAUUAGACCUUCUCUUAGGUCCCUUUUCUUUACGUCUUCCUUUAGGUUUAUCUUCUCUCCGUCAAGUCUUCUCUUUAUUAGGCCUUCUCUUAGGUUCCUUUUCUUUACGUUUGAUUCCUUUAGGUACGUGUGUGGGUUGGGAGGGUUGGGAGUGUGUGGGUUGGGUGUGUGGGUUGGGAGUGUGUGGGUUGGGUGUGUGGGUUGGGUGUGUGGGUUGGGAGUGUUUGGGUUGGGAGUGUGGGUUGGAAGUGUGGGUUGGGAGUGUGGUUUAUCUUCUCUCUACCAAGGUCUUCUCUUUAUCUCUUAGGUCCUUUUCUUUGCGUUUUCCUUUAGGUGUGUGGGUUGGGAGUGAGAGUGGGUUGGGGGAGUGUGGGAGUGUGGGUUUGGAGAGUGUGGGUUGGGAGUGUGUGGGUUGGGAGUGUGGGUUGGGAGUGGAGUGUGGGUUGGGAGUGUGGGUUGGGAGUCUAUCUUCUCUCUGUUUAAUUGGGAUGUACGAUUUCGUUGUUGCUGUAAUUGAAACUCCAGUACCAUUAAAAAACGCCAGGAAUCAAGUGGCUGUAGUUAACUAUUACGAUGGUACAUUUAUGACGGAAAACUUUCUUGAUCCAUCAGAUAUAAUUAAAUUACUGGUUGCCGCCAAUGAAUGA